GGUUGGUUGUCGUCACUGCCAGCUGUGAGCUGAUCGUGAGAGGCAACGAAAGUCACCGGGAACCGGCCCCUUGCUACCGGUAAUCACCGGGAACGGGCUUCUCAUCACCGGAAAUCCGGCACUGGAAACCGGCCCCUCACCACCGGGAGCCUGAAUUCACCAUGGAAACCGUCAGCCCCGGGACACAGAAUUAAAUUGAAGCUUGCAUAUUGCACAACGCAACUCCAUGUUGUGUACAGCGAGUUGCUUCAACUGGGGAAGAAUUUGAAAAAGGAAGUCCAACAUUUUGAUCUGAAAUUAUUCCAUUGGAGAAUUUGCCAGAUUGUCAUUACAUUCAGAACUGGAAGUGUCUGAUAGCUAAUGGAAGGAAAAACACAGGGAAAAUCUGCCUCUAUUUCGAGAUUGCCCAAGUUUGGUGGUGGAACGUCUAAGCUAAGUGAGACUCUUCCCCAAGUUGUAGCAAAUGGAGCUUGUGUUCGCAGUGCUAGUGCUUCUAGCACUUCCAAAGAUGGUGACAAGCAAAAUGGCGCUGGCAGUGUUGGUGGCUUUUCUUUCAACUGGAAAAGAUCUGUUAAAACUAAACCAGGUGGACAAGGUGCAAAAGACACCACUAGUUUCUACCCUUGUAGUUUUACAAGUGAAAAGCUUAUUAAAAUGGAGAGAAACUCUUAUUCUACAGCUCCUGUUAUUAAAAAUUACACAAACCUGGGCUUUAAGAGUAAAACUACUGCAGCGUCUAGGCAUCAAAAACAGCAGAAGAUUAUACCUUACGACAAUGAAAGCAAAAUCCUUGCAGCUGGAUUAAAUAAUUCCAUGAAAGGAGAUCGUGGGAAAAUGCUGAACAAGCCAGUCAUAGCCUCUCAAAUUGCAAGGUCCCAUUCAGUUGGCCAUUUUCAUAAAGCAGCAGUUACAAAGAUGCCUGAACAAGAAGGGACUUUCUCUGGAUCAAGCAGUUCAAAAGAUAGUCUUAGCCAAUCUUCAGAGAGUUUGAAGAACUGGUCAGAUGAGAACAUUGUAAGAUCACAGAGCUUUUCUUAUUCCAUACAAAAUAACUCUUGUGGUACUGAAGUAAUACCGAGAUCUCUGUCCUUUUCCAAGUCUGCAGAUAGAUCUGGUCUGACACAGCAAAUGAGGUCAGGUCUGCCCUUGAAAUCCAAUGUUCUUCGCUAUGGCAAUACCAAGGGUACUAAUAGCUCAAGCACAAGUGAAUUACUCUGUAAACGUACUUCCAAUACACAAUCUCUGAAAGCGCCAUCAUCUGCCUUCAAAAAAUCGUUGCUUCCUCCCAGUUGUUCCACAGCUCCAUUUUUUGCUUCUACCUCUGCCUCCAAGUUCUCACGAUCUUCGUUGAUGAAAUCUAGUAGGCUGGUCUCUUCAGGAACAGGAAGUAAUGUAAAUUCAAUGUCUGAGACAAGAGAAGAAAUCCCUGGGACCCAAACAGUUGGUGAAAGCAAUUUAAAGAAUGAAAUUGUAAAUAGUGAACAUGCUGCUGAGAAUGUAUUAACUGUUAGUACUGUAGAUGAGAGCACUGUACCUGGAAGUAAUGAAGAACUUGAAUCUGCAUGUGGAAAAAGUAUUGAUAAUCCAGAACUGAUCAAUUUAAUUGAUUCUAAUUGUGAAAUAAAUGAUGAUAAAAGUGAACAUUUACCUAAUUCAGGUACUGAGUCCAUUGAAAUUGUGGAUAGUGACAACUCUAUUUCUACAGAAAUUCCUGAUGAUCUUUACAGUCCUAAAGAGGCCAUGUCUUCAGCUGGAAUAGAAGAAGCUCUACUUGCUGCAUAUACAGGGACAGAUUGGAUUGAGACUGGUUUGUCUGACCAGUGUAAAGAUUUGGUGAGUUCCCAGACCACGGCAUCAGGUAAUGAUCUUAUGUCUCCAGACGCCAACUACGCAAUGGAUUCCUCCUUUGAACUUUCUCCUUCCAGUAGCUCUGCCGGAACUUACAUGUGGGAUGAAGAGGGCAUGGAGGCCCUUGGUACCAUUCAGCAGUGUGGCAGCCUUGAAUCUUCAGAGAUGAACAGCCUGGAUAUUUUGAAUAACCUGGAAUCAGGUGAUCUGGAUGAAGAUGAUCUCAUGUUGGACGUUGAUCUGCCUGAGGAUACUCCUUGCAAACUGGAGGCCUGUGAAAGUAUGGCUCAUCUGGAAAGAUCAGAGAGAGGAACAAGGAACCAAGGAUUCUGGAGGAAAAGAUAUCCACGCUGGAAUGGACAGGAACAGUAUCACCAUGGGAAUAGUGAAACACAAAGGAGUCCUGUUUCCCAAGAGCUUCCAGUGGGCCACUUUGAUUGGCAUGCGGCUUCAAGUUACUGCCGACCUCCUAGUGGUCACGUGAGAUCCUCUCGGCCUCUAACUGAGAACACUGUGAUGCUGGAUGUGCUGACACUGCGGCACAUGGUGCAUGACUGCACCUCUGUCAAAACCCAGAUACUUAAAUUGAAGCGAUUGCUACAACAGAAUGAUGAUGGCUCCCCAGUAAUGUCACCAAUGCAGGAACAAGCUGAGGCCAUAAACUCCACAGAUAAGACUGAUGAGCUACUCGGUGAGAUCCAAGGGUUACAGGAAGAAAUGAAGAGAAAGGAUCAGAUCAUAGAACAACUGCAACAACAGCUGAGCGCCAGAUGUAAUUGCCAGAAAGGAAAUUCUGAAACGCAAAGACCAGCAUUUUCAAAUGCUGAUAAAACCACCCAAACAGUCAAUAAAGGAACUUCUCCUCCAGUACUACAGCCUUCCAACCACAUAUGCAGCUCCAAAGAACACGACACUGGAAAAGUAGUAAAACCAAUCCGUAUCGAGGACCCCAGUAGAUGUACAGAGAAUGUGUCUUGUGACUGCCAAACCAACCAAAAUGCAAAAGCUGCUGUUUCCUCGGAGAUAUCUUCAGAUAAACUCAGCUUCCGUCAACCCAUCCCACAAAAGUCAGGGGACUCUUCCCAAGAACAGCCAGGGUGUAAGAAGGUCAGACAAAAUUCAAAUUUUGCACCUAAGGAACAUGGACACAGUCAGGUUUCAGUGCAGCAGACCAGUUUACGGAGCACUUCAGUAUUUACAGAAGAAUCCAGAAAUAAAGACUUUCGGCCCAGGUUUGCUUUUAGACAGUGUGUACCUUCCAAAGAUCCAAGUGUCAAAUCCAAGACUCGGGCUUCAACAGUGAAGUCUUCUCAACUUUCCAAAUCCAGAAAGAGUGCUGGCUCAGUCUCUCACCUAGGGAUUUGCAUUGGAGAACGUCCAGUUGAUCUAUCAAUGAGAGAUCAAAAGGAAUCAGAACGUCAAGUCCCCCAACCAGUACAUAUCAACCUUACAACACCUAGCGACGAACAGCAAAAGAGAAAAUCUAAACUUCCACCAUCCCUAUCUUCACCACUUCUGACCAUUAAAACAACAGUGUUUCCAACGAAUCCUCAGCCACUUGUCAGGGAGAGUCAGCAUGGCGAACCCAACAAACACAGGGAUGAAUCCCAUUUUGAGAUUUUGCCAUUCACCAAGCUGCAGAGAAAGCAGCCGCUCGGAGAAGACCAUCCACGGAAGCUUCAGAGCUACGAUUCCCAACCUGAGAAAUCUUCAACCUCGUUCCGGCAAUCCCGCCUUCCUCAACCAAAGAUGCAUGCAUCCGGCCCCUCAAACAGCAGCUCCCAGAGUUGACUGAAACCUUGCAUUAAACAUUUCUGUUUCAAUUUACUUGCUGGAGAAGCUAUAGACUUUAAUUUUGAACCUGGCAACUGUUGACUUUGCUGUAAUUUACUUAGCUCACUAUUGACCUGACUCUUAAAACAGCUCCUGCAGACCUGAUUGAUGCAAUGUCAAAGACUUGGGCAUUUGAUGUCUCAAGACAAUUUAUAUUUACAAUUUGUGGCCUUUUUUUUUCUCUGAAAUAUGACAAAGUUACAGGUGUGGGAAGUUUUGAUGAGGAGCUGGGGCGGUUUGGCGGGGGGUGUAUAGGGAAUAGCAGAAUAGUUUGCUGUACAGCAGUUUAUGAAUCUGUAAUGACCUGGACAUGAAACAUUUAGGUGUCAAGGAUGACAAUGAUGCUGUGGGGAGGCUGUUUUUAAAGCAGAUAUUGUAUUAAUGGUUAAAUGAUACCAUUGACCUCCAUUUCAGUUGAUCUGCAUGAACAUGUUGUGAUUGGGAAGACAAUUUGGAAAAAAAACUGCUCAUCCUAAUCUAAAAUAGCCUUACCAAGUUAAAUAUGUUUGUUUGCUUGGAGCCAUCAGUUUAAGAAUAUAUUUAAGUUAAAAUUUUGGAGGCUUAGCUUUCUAAAAUAAGUAAUAAAAUAACAUCCUGCAUUACGAUGCUUGCUACAGAAAUUAUACUUGCUGGAUCUUCACCAACAGCCUGCUGCUGUUCGACAAAUGAAUGGACAUUCAGUCCAAUGGAUAGAUGCAAAAACAGUGAGAGGAUAAUUGUCCUUCAGGAUGGUUUGCCAGAAUCCCAGUGAAGCUAUCCUGAAAGAAAGACUAUGGUUUAUUUUCCAACUGAACUGGCACGGAGUGUUUUAAAAUACAACUCUUCCAUCUGUGAGCUGGGAGAGAUCCAAUAUUAAAAUCACUUAGUGAAAAGGGACUCUUGUGUUCCUCACCUACACCAUCAUUGUGCAUGCAGGUCCUUCAAAAUUAAUGGUUGCUGUGAAACUGCCACUUAGCAACAAAUAUAUUACCUUGAUAGGUAGUUACCAAUUGUGUAUUUUCAACUCCAUGUAUUAAUGGUCUCGCGGGUCACGGCACUGACCUUUCACCCCGGUAGAUCUGGAUUCAAAAUCUGUCUGCCUCACUGGAUGAAAGUUUUCUUUGCCAGUUUCUCUGGCUUUUAAUGAACUUUGUUGAAUCUUUUAGACAGUUUUGCAACCCAAUUCCCCACUGGCGCAAGUGCAUAGAACAGAACUUUUUGCACUAAUUUGACAGCCUCCCUCAGAAAGGUUACAGAAGCAGAUGGUGUGGGAAUUUAAAGAUCCCUCACUGAUGUGCUGGGCAAACUGUAUCCAACUCUGGAGCCAUGUUGCUAUGCUAUGUCCUGGGCACAACGUUCAUGUGUGCUGUACACGCGUGAAACAGAGAAAAAUGUUGUCUCAUUCGUAUUGCCAAAUGAUACUGAACCCAUUUCAGAAAGGGUCAAGAUGAUUUGAAAUUGUUGAGUCCAAAUACCAAAAAUUCCACACUUAAUUUGUUGGCAUUCCUGUCUCUUCGGGUUGUAUUUGGCAGUGUCCAAUCAUCAGUCUUCAGCGAGCUCAUUCCCUGUAGCGUUGAGCUUGUGGUUUUAGAUUGUCUGAAUUCAAUUCUUGCUGCUGCGAUCAAGUGGCAUUCUUGCCCUGGCCCUAUUCACAGAAACCACAUGAAACCUGUGACAUCCACUUCAAACAGCAAAUCAAUUUCUUAAAAUGGUAAUUUUUACCUUUAGAUUAUAGGGAAAAAAGGCAAAAUCAAUGAUUCUCAUUAAGCCAGAUUUUGAAGUUUGUUCUGGACUUUCGUUAGCAUUUCACAUGAAAUGAGAAUAUGCUCUGCUGUUUCAAAGCUGCAGUCCUGUGCUAACUUUAAAUAUCUUCACACAUACACAUUGAACACACACUGAGUUGGUGGUACGUCUGGAGGUGAGUUUUCCUCUUCAUUAUCUGCUAACAAAAUCCUUUUUGGAUGUUGGUAGAUGAAGCAAAUGGAAGAGGUUUUCAACUGCUAAUGAGAGUUGGUGUUGAGGGUAAAUAGCCCUGAUUUUUCUGGUUAUCUUUACAUUGUUGGCAGUGCUUUAUAACCAGAGGAAAUCUCCAAUGGACCAACACCUGCCACCCCCCCACCCCAAUCUUAACACAUAAACUGCUGAAUCGGUCUCAUUGCAGUUACACAUGACUUCACUUCUCAGAGCCUGUUCCCAUUCUGUCUAUUCUUACAUCUGUAAAUAGUUUGCUGGUACAGAUCAUAGUGAACCAGGAACAGAAUGAUAUAUUAUUUAAGUUGAGGCCUUUUUCUAUGCAUUAGAUUCAUCUGCAGAGUCAGUGACAUUAUCUGAUGGUGAAGUCAGAAAUGUCAGCAUGGAAGAGGACUGGACAGUCCUGCAUUCAAUGCUGCAACCUGCUUCGCAUCACAGCUUACCCACUCUGAUCUCACUCUGCUUGCUCGUUUCCUAAUCUUCCUCAAUAUUUAUCAUAGCUGCCAUGAAUUGUUGCUACAAGAAUAGUUCUUGCUGAAAAUUACAGCACAAAUAUAACGUAAAACUGGCUACAUGACAAAAGUUGAGAACCUGAAUAGCUCAAGCCAAGUGUAAAAUAUUAUUUGUCAAUUGGAUCUGCAUGUCUUUGCUGGUUUAUAAAUAACAGGGUGAAAUUAUAAAUGGUAUCAAUCUAAAUGGUUAUAUCUAGAGUUUCUGUACCAGUCAAUGUUGCGUGACAUCGGAGAUGCAGAGUUGAGACCCAGUGCAGUUCCCACUGGGUUAGAGAGCAGGAGUUAUGGAGGAGGAGGCACAAAACUCAGUUGCCUUUUGGAAGUCAUACACUCUUAUUUAUGUUUCAUAAUUCCAUUAUAAAUUCCAUAAUCCGUAUUUAUAAUAGAAGUGUCAGUGUGAACUUGUCAAUUGCGAUCAGUCCUGCUAAUUGCAGUGCUCUCAGACUUUUAAUAUAAUCAUUGAUGUAAGUAUAUACAUGGAUAAUAUAUCUCAUUACACACAACCAUGAAUUACAUAUUGCCCAGGUCGUUCGGAUUUGUAAGUUGCUAAAUAAAAUCAAUUCUGUGUCAAACAUGUACUGCUAUGUUCAAGUGCAAUAUAUACUGUUGUUAAUAACAAAAUGAGGUAUAGAGAGUACUCUUAUAUGUAUAUGCAAAAUUAAUUAUCGACUGAAGCUCUGAAACUGCAUACUAGAUAAAAUGAACCAAGAGUUGCACUUUAAAUGAUUUUAUGCAUCAUACAGCUGUGCCUAUGCACCCGGGUUCUACCAAGCCUAAUGCAGCAUUUAUCACUUGUCUGCUUUUGUUCUUGGAAAUUAUUGUUACUUUGGGUGGUAAGUGCUGUUAUCAUUGUGGAGUUACACAGUGACUCGCUGUAUCAAUGAUAACUCCCGGCAAGUGGCUCCUACUUUAAUCAGGAGGCUGGCUAAAUUCCGUUUCUCCAUUGUUGCACUUGUCCUGAUCGCUCUGCUCAAGAUUGAGAUCAGAAUUGCGGGUCUAAAUGUGGAAGGGUGGUAAUAAAAUUAUCGUACUUAUAUGCUGUAGUAUUUUAAUUCUUGUGAAGCAUAAGCUUACUUCACAUCUGUGUGAGAGUUCCAUUUCAAAGCCAUUAUUAAA